AUGAUGAUUAAUAAAAAAGUUACCGAUAAAUUAGUAACUAUAGUGUCGACAUUGUUGAAUAUAUUUUUACAUAUAGAUUAUCUAUUUCACAGUUUUAAAAUAUUAAAGUUUUUUUCAAGAUUAUUUGCCUUGUAUCCUUUAAACAGCGAUUGUACGAAAUUGGAGAUUUUAUAUGAUAAUUUUGUCUGGUUGUUUAUUCAUUUUCACUUUUGGGUGGCAGCCGCAGCAACUCUAGUUGCAAUUUAUAAGGCAAGAUCUGAUUUAUCUAUAUGGCUAAUUGCAUUCUCAGAAUUGAUCAUCAUUAUUGAAAUCAUAGUUGCUAUGAUAUUGUAUAGAUUGCAAAGAUCGCGCUUGAAGAUUUUGAUGCAUAUCUUUGAGGAUUUUGUAAAAGAUCCUGAUGAUUCUAAAAUUCAGCUAAUACGUAGAAAUGCAAAAGAACAUAUAAAAGUGUUUUCAAUACUGGCUUUACUAUUUAUAAUAGUGGUCAUUAUGUACGUAUAUAGAGCACUUUCAACAAGACCUUACCAACUUUUAUUGAGUGGAUAUUAUCCUUGUACAUCCGAUUCACUUAUAAUAUGGCUAGUUGUUUUUUUUCACCAGUGUAUACUUGUGAUAUACUCGCCUUCUACAUUUGCUUCUGAUUCCAUUGUUACUGUAUUAAUUUUCGCAGCCAUAAUAAAAUUACAAAAAAUUAGACCGCGAUUCAGAAAUAUAGAAAAUUAUGCUCAAUUAGUUGGUUGUAUCAAUGAACAUCAGCAUAUUAUUUGGUUUGUCCAAGAAAUAAACUACGUGAUAAGGUUAUUUGUUUUUAAAUCUAUUUUCUGCUUAGCUGCUCUUCAAUUAGGCGUUGGAGUAAUAUUAUUUAUGCCUAACAUUUCAGUUUUUACGAGAAUACAAUUUUUACUUUUGUUUACUGUAACUAUUUUUAGAAUUUAUAUCUAUUCAUAUUGUGCUGAAAUACUAACGAAAUCGGGCUUAGAUUUGGGCUUCGCUGUCUAUUCAUCGCGUUGGUAUGACCAAAGACGCAAAAUGGUGCUAGCUAAAUCGAUAAUUAUUUGUAGAUGUCAAAAACCGCUCCUUAUUGCAAUAAACGGUAUUAUACCAGCAUUGGGAAUGAGAUAUUUAGCACGCUUUUUGUACUUGACAUUUUCAUAUAUUAUCACUCUACAAGCAAUGACUAGAACAUAA